AUGGUGUGGGCUGAACUCAUGGAAACGAAUUCGGGACGUCGUCAAUGGGCCUUUGAUGCAGAAGCCAAGGUGUGCGAAGAAAUUGAAGCUAGAUUCCAACAACAAGCGACUCAGCAAGACGUGCAGGAAUGCCAAGGUGGCAAAACGCUAUGGAAGGACUUUGUCAGGUUCAAAUUUUAA